AUGCAGCGUGCCUUCCGGGAGACCAGUGUGAACAGCGCCCUGGACACGCCCUUCCCAGCUGGAACAUUUGUGAGGCUGGAAUUUAAGCUCCGGCAGACAGAGAAGCGGCGGGAGGAAGGACUGGAAGAAACCCAAGUGCAAAGACCUGCCCGAGAGGAGGAAGCAGAAAUGCCUGACCUGCGUCAAACUGGACUGAAAUUGUGGGCACCAGCUCAGGAGAGGCAGCAGGAGCCCCCGCCCGAAUCUCUGGUCUCCUUUAAUCAGUUCUGUGAACAGGAUCAUAAAACCUUCCAGGUAGGAACUGAAACAGAAAUUGGAAGAAAAGAUUCCCCGAUCUUCCGAUCCCUGUGCUCCCAGUUCUUUGUUUUCUUGACACUAGAGCGCACCUUUGACUUGAGCUUCAACACGGGAAAGGGAAAUGAAGACGCCGAUCUCCACUGCUCCUCCAUCCAGUGCUCCACUGACCAGCCCCCUUUCCAGCAGAUCUCCUUUACAGAAAAGGGCUCAGAUGAGAAGAAACCAUUCAAAGGAAAAGGCAAGACCGCCUUCUCCCAUUCCAGUGAGAAGCACACACAAAGGCAAGCAGGAUCAGAGCCCAAUCCAAACAAGGAGAAUUCUGAGGAAACCAAGCUCAAGGCCGGGAACAGCACUGCUGGAUCAGAACCAGAGUCCAGCUCAUACCGGGAAAACUGCAGGAAAAGAAAAAUCAGUUCCAAGGACAGCUGCCAAGACAGAGCAGGGAGCUGUCCAGAAGAGGAGUGCAGCUUGACGUUGAAUAAAAAAUCAAGAUCCUCCACCACUGUGCACAACAGUGAAAUCCAGGAGACCUGUGAUGUCCACCAUAGGGGACAUUCCAGGGUUCGCACUGGGCGCAGCGAGCGGCAUAAGUCUCGGGCCCUAGAAGUCCAAACACCGUCACUUCGAAAAAGCUUGGUGACCUCUGUGCGAGCUAUGUCAGAGGCUGUUUAUCAAGACCUAGCCCAGGUGUGCGCACAGCAGAUCCAUUCUCCACUGACCUGUGAGCAGCGGAUACUGCUCACUCAGCUCCGGGGGCCUCUGUGUGCCCAGGUGCAGACCUUGUAUUCCAUGGCCACCCAGGCAGCUUAUGUCUUCCCUGCUGAGAGCUGGCUUGUCCCAGCCACACGGCCUGGUCCUGGGGAUUCAGCCUUGGAGAGAGAAACCCAUCCCUUCCCUGGGCAGGAGAUAACUGAGCCUGUCAGUGGAUCAGAUAAGGCUAAGCUGGGAGCACCCUGACCCUAUUCAGCAGAGAUG